GCCCGGUGACGCAGAGGGGACGGUUAAUCCCGGCCAGCUGGAGGGCUGGGGCCUCAGCACCCCAUGGGACACCCCACAUCUGUGGCCUGUGAGUGGGGGACCUGCGUUAGGGUCAGGAUCGGCGUUAAGGUUAGGGCCAGGGUUGGCGUUGGGGUCAGAAUCGCCGUUAGGAUCAGAGUGAGAGUUCUGGUCCCUAACGCUCCCCUGAUCCCCGCAGAGCCCGGUGGGGGCAGCACCAAGAACACGCCAUGGAGCCCAGUUUGGAGGGCGCCUGAGGCCACCAGGAUGGAGUGGGGGGACACAGAGCCCCCCAACGUGAGCCUGGCCAGCCAACCCCACACCUGCUUCGGGGUGGUGAACCUCAGCCUCAGCCUCAAUGUGACGCAGCCCAAAGCCAUCGCCUCGCCGUGGUUCUCCACCGCCUUUGGCCUCAUCGGGCUCUGCUCCAACCUCUUUGCUCUCUAUGUGCUGCUCAGCUCCUCCCGUCAGCUCAGCAGCCGCUCGCGCUCCUCCUUCCUCGUCUUCCUCUGCGGCUUGGUGGUGACAGACUUCAUGGGGCUGCUGGUGACCGCCGCCGUCAUCAUCCCGUACCACUUCACCAAGUUCAACUGGACCCAGGUGGAUCCCGGCUGCCACCUCUGCAACUUCCUCGGCUUCUCCAUGGUGUUCUUUGGGCAGUGCCCGCUGCUCCUGGGCGCCACCAUGGCCGGCGAGAGGUUUGUGGGCAUCAACCGGCCCUUCUCACGCUCCACCUCCGUCUCCAAGCGCCGCGCGUGGGCCAUCGUGGCCACGGUGUGGGGCUUCUCCUGCGCCCUGGGGCUGCUGCCGGUGCUGGGCCUGGGGCGGUACACGCUGCAGUACCCCGGCUCCUGGUGCUUCCUCACUCUCCUGCCCGACGCCGGCAACGUCGUCUUCUGCCUUCUCUUCGCCCUGCUGGGCGUCUGCUCCGUGCUGCUCUCCUUCGUCUUCAACACGGUCAGUGUGGUCACCUUGUGCCGCGUUUACCACGACCGCGAGUCGGUGCAGCGGCGGCGUGACAGCGAAGUGGAGAUGAUGGUGCAGCUGGUGGGCAUCAUGGUCAUCGCCACCAUCUGCUGGAUGCCGCUGCUGAUCUUCAUCAUCCAGACCUCCCUCCAGCAGCUACGGACGGGUGACCCCCUCCACGUGCUGCCGGGACAGACGCAGCAGCUGCUGCUCAUCUACAUCCGUAUGGUCACCUGGAAUCAGAUCCUGGACCCCUGGGUGUACAUCCUGUUCCGCCGCGCGGUGCUGCAGCGCCUGCACCCGGGGCUGCGCACGCGGCCCUCCCUGCUCUCCCUUUACCCCGUCCUCAACCCCUCCCUGCGCCGCAAACUCACCCAGGAGGGGCGGCUGCAGUAGUGGGGACCCCCUCCUCUCCCCCCUCCCCCUCCUCUAUUGAUUAUGGAGGUUUUGUUCCGUUUUGGUUUUAUUAUUAUUAUUAUUGUUAUUAUUUUUCACCUUGCAGCUGCAGGAGCUGAGCGCAGUGGGAGGGACGGGGUACCCAGCAGGGCAGCCAUGGAGGCGUCCCCUCUCCCCUCUCCCCAUCCUGCUCUGUGAGCUCCUAAUAAAGCACAGCUUGUGCAGCACUGCGCGCCCCAUGGGAUGUGGGGACACAC